GCCUCUCAACCUAAUCUCUUCCCUUUUAUUCUCUGUCUGGCCCUCUCUUUCUACUUUUUCGUGGAGGUUUUCAGACUUGUUACUAAGAUGUCUGAUCUAGACUAAGUAACAUGAAAACGUAUGCUUUUUUUUUUUGGGAUUUUGAAUAUCCCGGAAUACAUAUUUUUUACGUUACUUAGUCUAGUUUCAGCCAUCUAUCAUCUUGCUUGUUAGCGAAGAAAGGUAAACUAAUUUUCUCAACCAAACUCCUUUUCGCAGUUCUCUUUUCUAUAUAGAAAAUCGUAUAGGCUUUUAUUAUUGUAACCGAUGGGAUGUUCGAUUUUUGAAACAAAGUAAGAUGUUUUGGUAGUAUGUCCAAAAGUAACAAACAAGUCAAAUCUGAUUGAAAUUUAAGUUUCAUUUUGAGCAUUUAUAAGUUGACAACAUUAGGUUCUUGUUAGACUUAAAUCAUUUUUUAUUUAGCUUGGAUCUCCUAAUCUCUCUCCUAUGGUCGUGCAACUUGAGAUUAGUUUCGGUCGUUAUUAAUAAGAAUGAAAAGGUCUCAUUCUGCGUAUUUUUCUGAUUCGAUAUUUUGAAUUAUCUUCUGGUCGGUUUUUGCUUGUUCAUUGCAAUUCGCAAGCUGUUAACAAGGCCCAUGGAGAAAUCCAGUUUAGGUGGCCUGUUAACACCACCCAAGAUUGGUCCAAGUCGACCUCUUGUUCUCUCUAUGGUAAUUAGAAUGAAUCUGAGUCAUGCUUGACUUGCGAAGUUACCAAACUACCCACAGCUACUUGGUUUCGUAUUUGUGUUACCAAGGGGGUAGAAUCGAAGUUAGCACACACCACCAAAACCCUAAAAAAAAUCCGCAGCGACAGAGCUAAAAAACCCUCACGGACCAACUAAAUAGUCUCUUAGUUCUUUCGUUCAAUCCGGCAAAAAAACCAUGUCUGAUAUGUUCCUCGGCGAUUACGCAAAACAGUGCGAGAUCCCUGCUGGUGAGGUUUUGGAGAAAAUAAGAUCGAAUCUUACGAGUUUUGGUCAUCGUGGUCCUCUCUCAUUAAGGGCUUAUGGUGAUUUAACUGGUCAUGACUUUCCAGCUGGAGACAUUAAGCUCAAUCACUUCCCCGCAGGACACAGAUACGCGGGACAGAAAAAGAUGCUUGAAGACCUUGUUUCAUGGUCAGCUGAACAUCCAGAACCGUGUACUUUGAUGCUAAUAUUGGGAGACACCUCUCAUGAGUUCGUCGAGAUUGUUGGACGUUUGAAAUCCACGAAAAAUUACCAAGUUCUCCUAAUUCAACCGGGUGAUGAUGAUCCUAUCGACCAAAGCGGAAGUGUGGACAAUAAUAAUAUGCGGAACCGGAAGAAACGUCGUCGUUGUACUUGCACUUGUAGAGGAAGAAGCUUCUCACUCGGUGUUGCCUAUAAGCUGAAGAUGAAGUGUAGGAGAUGUCGUAUAAAAAAAUCGAAAUCACCUAAAGUUGAAAAGCAAAGCGGAAGGUGUAGGGAGCGAAGCAGUGUUGCAAAACCCAAUGGAGACGAAUGCAGUGGUAAUCUUCAGUUCCCUCUUUUCCAUAGAUCCGCCAGGACUGCACUUUUGGGAAUACCUAUAGACAGAUCCCCACUCAAGGAGUCGCUCAUUCGCCCUAGCUUACACCAACGAUCUGACCAGAAGCGACACUUUCGUCCAUUUCCUAGCUUCACCAUUAUCCAAAGUGACAACCGUGCUCCAAGCAACUCGCGCUGA